UUAUAAAUUUGCCACUUCUUGAGAUUCUAGACACAGCCAAAUUAGCCUUCCCUCACAAUACACACUUGUACCAACUGCCUCUUCAACCAUAUUGCAGAUGGGGCUUUCCCAGUGGAGUUCUUGAGAUUCUAUACACAGCCAAAUUAGCCUUCCCUCACAAUACACACUUGUACCAACUGCCUCUUCAACCAUAUUGCAGAUGGGGCUUUCCCAGUGGAGUUCUUGAGAAUCUAUAUACAGCCAAAUUAGCCUUCCCUCACAAUACACACUUGUACCAACUGCCUCUUCAACCAUAUUGCAGAUGGGACUUUCCCAGUGGAGUUCUUGAGAAUCUAUAUACAGCCAAAUUAGCCUUCCCUCACAAUACACACUUGUACCAACUGCCUCUUCAACCAUAUUGCAGAUGGGGCUUUCCCAGUGGAGUUCUUGAGAAUCUAUAUACAGCCAAAUUAGCCUUCCCUCACAAUACACACUUGUACCAACUGCCUCUUCAACCAUAUUGCAGAUGGGACUUUCCCAGUGGAGUUCUUGAGAAUCUAUAUACAGCCAAAUUAGCCUUCCCUCACAAUACACACUUGUACCAACUGCCUCUUCAACCAUAUUGCAGAUGGGGCUUUCCCAAUGGAGUUCAUCUCCACCGUCCUCUUCUUUUUUCAUGCACGCUUUUAUCCUUCUCUGGUGGUGUGGCUUGUUAGUCACCUCUGUUGUUGGCGGGAAUAAUGAGACCGACCGGUUGGCGUUGCUUGAGUUCAAAGCCAAGAUCACUCAUGAUCCUCUCCAGGUUUUGAGCUCCUGGAAUGAUAGCUUCCACUUUUGUCAAUGGCGAGGGGUUACCUGUGGUCAUCGACAUCAAAGGGUCAUUAAGUUGAAACUGCAAUCUUCGGAACUGGUAGGCUCUAUAUCACCACAUGUUGGUAAUUUAAGUUUUUUGAAGAUUCUAUCACUCGCAAACAAUAGCUUUCAUUAUGAAAUUCCUUCAGAAAUUGACCGUUUACGCAGAUUGCAAUUCCUACAAAUGUACAAUAACACACUUAGCGGCAAAAUUCCAAGAAAUUUAUCCCAUUGGACCGACCUCAUAUUCAUUAAUUUCGGUCACAACCUUUUGGAUGGGGAAAUCCCUACAACUCUUGGCACUUUCUCAAAACUCCAAUACAUUAAUUUUGAAAAAAAUAAUUUGACAGGAAGUAUCCCACCUUCUUUCGGCAACUUAUCCUCUCUAGACGUGUUUGCUGCAGCUGGUAAUAACUUGGGUGGGAGUAUCCCUACUUCUUUUGGCCAAUUGACAGAACUUACAUUUUUUGGUGUCAGUUCAAAUAGGUUAUCUGGAAGAAUUCCUCCCUCCAUCUUCAAUUUGUCUUCGUUAAUUGUGUUUAAUGUAGGAAACAACCAAAUCCAAGGGCAUCUUCCGUUGGAUAUAGGUAUCACCCUACCUAAUAUCGAAAGACUUUCCAUUUUCUUAAACCAAUUUACUGGACCUAUCCCUAUUUCAAUAUCUAAUGCCUCGAAUCUAGAGAAUCUUGAUCUUAACUACAAUAAACUAAGAGGAAGAGUUCCUUCUUUCGAGACGUUAUAUAGAGUUUCACAUUUGGCCAUGGCUUCUAACAAGCUUGGAAAUGGAGGGACAAAUGACUUGAGUUUUCUUUGUUCUUUGAUAAAUUCUACAUAUCUAACCAUUUUAGAGAUAGGCGACAAUAACUUUGGGGGAGAGUUGCCCAAGUGCAUUGCCAAUUUCUCAACUACUCUCAAGUUUCUGCGUCUAAAUACGAAUAAUAUAUCUGGAAACAUUCCUACUGGAAUAGAAAAUUUGACCAAUUUGGAGUUACUAGAUAUGGGGUAUAAUAAAUUAUCAAGUCAUAUUCCUUUUGAAAUUGGAAAGCUUCAUAAGUUACAAAUUUUGGAUUUAUCUGCAAACAAUAUCUUUGGGAACAUUCCAUCUUCUCUUGGAAAUUUAACUAUUUUGAUAACUUUGUAUUUACACGAUAAUAAUCUUCAAGGAAGCAUCCCCCUAAGUCUAGUCAAGUGUGAAAAUGUAGUUCAUUUGGAUCUUUCUAAAAACAAUCUCAAUGGUACCAUAUCAUAUCAAGUAAUUGGUCUCUCAUUCUCAUCAAUUUCUCUAGACUUGUCAGCCAACAAAUUUACUGGUGUCCUUCCUACAGAAGUAGAAAAUUUAAAAAAUUUAGAACACUUGGAUAUUUCUGAAAACAUGUUGUUUGGAAAAAUUCCAACAAGUCUUGGUAGCUGUGUAAAACUAGAAUAUCUAGCCAUGAGAAGCAACUUCUUUCAAGGGGUCAUUCCUUCAUCUUUGGAAUCAUUAAGGGGCCUUCAACUUUUAGAUCUUUCUAAAAACAAUUUCUCUGGCAAUAUUCCAAAAUUUUUUGAGAGCUUUAUCUUCUUGAAGUUAAUGAAUUUGUCUUAUAACAAUUUCGAAGGGGAGGUACCAACAAAUGGAGUUUUCAAGAACACAAGUGCAAUUGUGAUUAAGGGGAACGGUAAGCUUUGUGGAGGCAUGCCUAAGUUUCAUCUUCCUGUAUGUAAAUACAAUAAAUCCAAGAAGAGGAAGUUGACUCCUUCCUUGAAGCUAAUAAUCUCUAUAUUAUCUGGCCUUCUUGGAGUAACUUUGGUAAUGUUAUUUUUACUUCUCUGCACUUUGAAAAGAAAAAGAAGAGAAAGUAUUUUAAGUAAUUCAGGAAAUUUGCUUUUGAAUGUAUCUUACCAUAGUCUCCUAAAAGCUACAGAUGCAUUCUCCACCACUAAUUUAAUUGGUGUGGGUAGCUUUGGAUCUGUAUAUAGAGGAAUUCUUGAUCAUGACAGACGUAAAGUUGCUGUCAAGGUGCUCAACCUUUUGCAGCAUGGAGCUUCAAAAAGUUUUAUUGCUGAAUGUGAGGCUUUGAGAAAUAUCAGACAUCGGAAUCUAGUGAUGGUACUCACAGCAUGUUCAGGUGUUGACUAUCAAGGUCAUGAUUUCAAAGCAUUGGUAUAUGAGUUCAUGACUAACGGCAACCUAGAUGGGUGGUUGCAUCCAGUUUCAAGAAGAAAUGAGGUUCCUGAAGAACAAACACAUUUGAAUUUUCUUCAAAGACUGAAUAUUGCUAUUGAUGUUGCAAAUGCAUUGGAAUAUCUUCAUCAUCAUUGCCAUUCACCAAUUGUUCAUUGUGACCUCAAGCCUAGCAAUGUUCUUCUUGAUGAUGAAAUGACUGGACAUGUUGGUGAUUUUGGCUUAGCAAGGUUCCUUCGUGAGGCCACCCAAGAGUGUUUCACUAAUCAAUCAAGCUCUAUUGGAUUAAAAGGAACAGUUGGUUAUGCUCCUCCAGAAUAUGGUAUGGGAAAUGAGGUGUCAACUUUUGGUGAUAUCUAUAGUUAUGGUAUAUUAUUAUUGGAGAUGUUCACAGGGAAAAGGCCCACUGAUAACAUUUUCAAAGAAGACUUGAACCUUCAUGAUUUUGUUAGAGGAGCUUUGCCCGAACGAGUGAUCAACAUUGUGGAUCCUAUCAUUCUUUUGGAAAGAGAAGAUAUGGAAACUAGGACAAAUGACACUCACAUUCAAAAUCAAAUAGGAUGUCCCAAAAUUUUGGAGUGCUUGAUUUUGAUAUUUGGAAUUGGAGUUUCUUGUUCUAUGGAAUCUCCAAGAGAAAGGAUGAACAUUAGUGAUGUUGUAGCUCAGUUGCAUUUGAUUAGAGACAAGCUCCUCAGAACAAGAAGACGCCGAGAAAGACUUCAAUUUACAGGUACAGAGGGCUAGUGACCCUAUUGGAAGGCAUCAUGACGUAAUGAGGUUUUGAUUUUGUAUAAUGUUGGAACAGAAUAAUCAGAUUUGUAGCACCUCCUUUUGUUUCUUUUAACACUCACUUAUUAGUUUAUCUUGUAUUUGUCAUAGUUUUGUUUGUUUGUUUUUUUUUUUAAUAUCCAUGGAAUAAUUUGUGGCUGUAACAUUACUUUUAAAAAAUGAUCGAGACUCUGUGGAUGUAGGCUUUUAUGGCUGAACCACGUUAAAAUUGUUGUCUUCCUUCUUU